GACUUCAAGCUCGGCGCCGAGCUCAUUGGCGCGCGCAUUCUCAAGGGCUGUCCGAAGUGGCUCGUCUUUGUCGAAGGCGUCAACGCCCAGCACACGGUCGUGCUCGACGGUCAAGAAUUUGGCUACUACGACUGGUAUGGCGGCGGCCUCCAAAAGGCCGGCGACUACCCGGUCGUCCUUCCGACCGCCAACAAGCUCGUGUACGCGCCGCACUACUACAACCCGGCGGUGUUUCCGCAAAUUUACCUCGUGGGCGGCGGCAAGACGCUUCCGAACAACGCAAUCACCAACUACACGGAGCUCGACGACGAGAAGCUCUUGGGCCGCGUCGGGAAGACCAUGCACCACAUGUUUGGCUACCUCAACGACGGCAAGGGGCCCGCGGUGGUCCUUGGCGAGUUUGGCGGCCUCUACACGCAGGAUCUGCACCCGAAGAAGACGACCCAGCGCUGCUCCGAGUACACGAUCAAGACCAUGGUGAGCGAGAGCUAUGCCGGGGGGUAUAUGUGGUGUCUCAACCCCGAGUCCGCGUACCAGUACAACCCGAUGGACACGCCGGGCAACUACAUUGAAGGUCUCCUCAACAAGGACUGGCGCUCGGUGAACGCACCGUUUCUCAAGGCCAUGAACGGCAUGGACGCGUUCCCAGACCUCAAGAUGACGCCGUGCUUUCCUACCGAUCCCUAGUCAGCUUACUAAACCAAUACUAGUACACUUGUAAAUCCUA